UACAUUGCUACAGUAGAUACAGAAGAGGUUUUGGAGAAAUUUUCGGACAGAGAGAGGUAUUAUUUAAUAAAUAAACUUAAAGAGAAUAUAAAUGAAAAGGCACCAUUUAUGGAAAGGGGAGACAAGAGUACUGCGUGCAUUUUGGGAGAGGAGAGCGGUACAAAAUAUAUUUUUUUUUUGCUAUUCUUAAGGAAAAUAAGUUCUGGUUAUUUGGUGCAAAUUUGAUUAGGGCCAAAUCAAAUAUAUGGCCUAAAGAUUGCCAAUUACAUAAGGCCAAAAAGGCUUAGUAUUAUUUAAGCAGCUACAAGUGUGAAACACACUUAGAAGAGAUUAGAUUAUUAUCAAAUUACGUAAGACCCAACAGGCAGUUUACACAAGGGCCCAAGAGCUUAAGAUAUGAAUUGGGGUAGGGGCCGCGCGAACGCAAGCCCCCUCUGCCACAAAUUAUGACGUAGGCUCGACCACUUGAGCCGACCUUAGGCGGGCGCCCUUCCAAAGUGCAAUGGAAGUCACCAACCUAGGCCAUGGACCCCGUCCAGGCUCAACAGAGAUGAAUGAGAACACCACAUCUUUAGCUGACUUGGUUGAUGGACAGCGAAAACCAACUGAAGACACAGAUGACAAAAGUAAAACACCAAGACACUCGCGAUGGACCAGACAAGAAACACUUGUUCUCAUAGAAGGAAAAAAGAUUGCAGAGGAAAGAACUCAUAGGGGGCGUAAAUCCAGUUCUGUGUUCGGUUCAGACAAGCCGGAACCCAAAUGGAAUUCGGUCUCCUCUUACUGCAGACAACAUGGAGCAAACAGAGGACCUGUUCAAUGCAGAAAACGAUGGAGCAACAUGAUCAGUGACUUCAGGAAAAUUAAAGCAUGGGAGUCGCAAGCAAAUGGAAGCAGUGAAUCUUAUUGGAUUAUGAGUAAUGAUCUAAGGCGAGAGAGAAAGCUACCAGGUUUUUUUGACAGAGAAGUCUAUGAUGUCUUGGAUGGGAAGGAAUUCACAGCAGAAGCAUACCAACUAGCUCUGGUAACCAUAACUACAGAUGAUAAAGUUGAGUAUGGGAUAGAAACAGCAGAAGAAGAGGAAGAGCAAGAGGAAGAGGAGGACGAGCAGGAGAACACAGAGGCUGAAGCAGUUUCUCAUACAGACGGAUAUAUCAUGGCAGAUGAUGUUCUGUUUCCAGCAAUGGAGGAAAUUGGAAGCAACCCACUGAAGGAAGGGAUUGCCAAAGAUAAAAAAGCAAAGUCCAUUCCCUCUCCCACGCCUAUAUCAGGUACAGCUGAAGGUGAACAGCCUGGAUCAGAUUUCUGGAAAAGCUCCACAUUUAAAGACGGAGUGAAGAGAAGAAGACAAUCACCAGAUGGAUGUAUUGCUACUAGUCUGGGAUAUAAACUGCUGAAAACUAUGGAGCAAAACACCAAUAUGCUUCAUGCACAACUUGAUGCUCAAAUCGACAACCGUCAACUGGACAGGGAGCAGCAGAAGGAACACACUGAUAGCUUAAUUGCUGCUCUUAACAAGGUUGCUGAUGCACUAGCAAGAGUUGCUGAUAAGAUGUGA